GGGUGGGGCUGCUCGCUUGCAAGCUGCUAAAAUUAAUUGUCAUGGUUACAGUUGCUCAAGCAUAGAUAUAUAAACGUAUAAGACAAGCUGUUGAGAACUGAAAAAGAGAUCGUGUUAGAGCAAGAAUAUGUCGUAUAGAGACCUCAGAAACUUCACUGAGAUGAUGCGAGCCCUUGGCUACCCAAGGCUCAUUUCAAUGGACAAUUUUAGAACACCCAACUUCCCACUGGUGGCAGAGAUUCUCUCGUGGCUCGUCAACAGAUAUGACCCGACUGCAGACCUCCCUCAAGACAUAGACACUGAACAGGACAGAGUGAUUUUCAUCAAAUCCACAGCUCAGUUUAUGGCUACAAAAGCGCACAUAAAGCUAAACACAAAGAAGUUGUACAGUGCAGAUGGCUAUGCUGUGAAGGAGCUGUUGAAAAUAGCAUCAGUGUUGUACUCUGCCAUGAAAACCAACCAGUACCAACAGGACUCUGGCGGUGAUGUGGGGUCAACUAGUGUGGAAAUAUCAAGCAAGGCUGCUGAUCUCAAAGCUUGCAGACAGCUAGCCUCUGACAUUACUGCGAAGGGGGCCAAGUUGUACGAGCUACUGGGGAAGGAGGUGGAGCUCAGAGAGCUUCGCAAACUGGCUAUCUCUCGGUCUGUUAAUAUUGAUCAGCUGGAGUCUGGAGUUCAAGAGAGUAUCAGUGCAGUCGAUACUGAGAUACAAAAGGUCAGCCACAUAUUAGACAACUCAGCGAGUGAUGAGGCUAAUUUGGAGAUAAAGAUCGAGAAGAAGAAAGCAGAGCUGGAGAGGAACCAAAAGAGACUGCGUAGUCUGGCUAAUGUGAGACCAGCAUUCAUGGACGAGUAUGAGAAAUUAGAUGUAGAGCUGAGUAAACAGUACGAGCUGUACGUGGAGAAACAUCGAAAUCUGUCCUAUUUGGAGCAUCUGUUGGAAGAACACAACAAAGUGGAGCAAAAUCAGAUGGAAGAGACAGAGAGCUCACUGAGACGUGUACAACAGAGGAUGUUAGAAGCUGAGAAAAGGAUGAUCCAGGAUGAUAUUCUGGGCAGCAAUGACAUGCUAGUAUCCAGCAAUGAAUUUGGCAAACCUAGAGAUGGUCCCCAUGUGAUUGGCUCUAUGACAGGGGGCGGUCUCUCUGACGAGGACACUGGUGACUCUGACCUCUCAGACUCUGGGCCCAGUGGGCUAGAACUGGAUGAUGAAGGAGAUGAGCAAGGAGGAAUGGGAGAACAAGAGGAUGAUGAUGACUUAGGCUCUGAUGAUGAUUUUUAGUUAUUGUGACGUAUUGUGUGUCAUUGUUUUUAAUCGUGAUGUAAUGUGUUAUUGUUUAUUGACAUGAUGUCACAAGCUU